GCUCCUACAGUAAAUAUUUGUGUUUGCUCGACCGGCUGUAAUGGUGGACGACUGAGACAGAGGGACGGAAUACAACUAGAGUGAAGAAAGAGAGGAGGAAAAACAACAAAACGGUCGAAAGUCUGCUUCAGAGCCAAGCCACCGCGAGUAGGACACGGUGCUUCGUCGAAAAUGGAUGAACUCAAACAUCAAGUCAUGAUUAACCAGUUCGUCCUGACGGCGGGUUGUGCGGCAGACCAGGCGAAGCAGCUUUUGCAAGCGGCACAUUGGCAGUUCGAGACUGCCCUUAGUGCCUUUUUUCAAGAAACAAAUAUUCCAUACGGCCAUCAUCAUCAAAUGAUGUGCACCCCAGCCAACACACCAGCGACGCCCCCCAACUUCCCGGACGCGUUGACCAUGUUCUCGCGGCUGAAGGCGUCCGAGAGCUUCAACAGCGGCAGCGGCGGCAGCCCCAUGGCCGCCUCCAUGGCCACCUCACCCCCGCCCCCUCAGGUCGGCGGCUGGGGUGUCUCACCAAAUGUACCUAACGUGCCGCAGCCUCCACAGGGACUCUGGACUCAGGGGCAGCCCCCCACGCAGCCCUGCCCCGCCUGGCCCACGGGCGUAAACCCACACGCAGGCGCAGAGCAGAAGGCUAGUGUAGCGAUGGAGGCGGAGAGAUGAAGGGGCCGCACGGGACUGAAAAAAAACCCCAGCCCUUCCAUCCCGGGGAGGGAAGGGAAAGCAAGGGGAGAAGGGGAAAUGAAAGCGGGGAGGGUGGGAGUUUGAUUAUGGGUUAUAAACAUGGGUUUUGGUCUUUUUUCCCAAAAGACGGAUGGAUACGGAAAGAGACGGAAACUACGCAAAACCAAGAAAAACUCAACGUGGACAAUUUAAGAAGAGGAGAAAACCAAUGCAAAUGUCAAUACAAAAAUAGAAAAAAAAAAAAGAUACGCACACACAUAGUAAUAAGAGAGCAACUGAAAUCUUUGUUAGUUUUUUCCUAAGUAAAUGCAUAGAUAAGAGAAAUAUUAUUGAACUAAAAAAACAGAAAUUUAAAAAAAAUUGUCACGCCCAAGGAUUCUAUGUGAUGUUCAAGGACAUUCAAGGCAGCAAACUUAAUUUUCAGUUUUUUUUUUUGUUUGUUUGUUUUUGUUUUUUUUUCAUCUUUUCAGCCAGUGUUUUUUGUCACUGGUGUUCUGUGUUUCUGCAACUGUCUGUGCUGCAUGAGGAGAGAGGAACUUGCGAUGCAGUGUUUUAGAUUGACUCAAAAAUCAUCACGCACUUGAGUGUGAGUGUGUACGCAUGUGAGCAGGUGGUCAAGUUUGUAAUCAAAAAUGUAUACACACGCACAUAUAUAUAUAUAUUCUCACACACACACACACACACACACACAUACAAACACACACUAGCAUCUAGAGGAAACACCUCCAUACUGUCAUCCCCAUCGUCAAAGGUGGGACUUUUCUUACCUCACCUUGUGGUCACCUGACUUCUUUCAGCCAAUCAGGGAUUCUUCUUAAACCAACCAUUGCCGCCGCCGACGCAGGACAUGUUUUUAAAGGUUUUUUCUUAAAGGCAGCAGCCACUCUGGUUUAUGCUAACUGAUGCUCGCUGCAAUGGCUUUUUUCCUGACACAGUUUUAAACCUGGACUCAAGACUACAGCUGUCCACUGUAAACUUUUUUCUCUGGAGAUUUGGGUUAUUACAUGAAAAAAAAGAGAGAAAUCAUGGUUUAAUGUAAUAUCGUUUGUAAUGCUAAUUGUUCUGUUUUUGUCGCGAGGUUAAGGGAGGUGGCUUUGAACUUGGGUAGGACUUCAGGUUGAUUUUUUUUUUUUCUUUUUUUUUCCGGAAAGAGUGAAUCAGAUGCAGCUAAAACGGCUACAGAUUUGAAAAAACAAAAAAACAAAAAAACACAAAAACACGACUACUCCAUCUUUGUAAACAGAAUUGCCACUUUGCAUGAUGUGUUCAUAACGUGUAACAUCUUUUGUAGCAAACAUACAUGAGGUCAAGACAUGUUUAUGGGGAGUGGGGUGGAGUUAAACACAAGGGUGGGGUGGUGGAUGUUAUUCCCAAAGCUAAAAGAAAAUGCAAUAGCAUCUUGUCAGAUAUGAGAAACAAAAGAGAAGAAAAUGGGUGCGGGGCAGCCUGGGAAGAGUACCACAGGCUAUUUGGGGACACUACAGACUACUUUCAGAUAUACAGUAUAUAUAUACUCUCAGAUACUGUACUACAGAGGGGUUUUUACAACAUUUAGGUCUCUAGUUUCGACCAGUCCCUGGUCUAUUGAUACUGCUGAGGGACAGUUCAGGGAUGACCCUGAUAUACGGCAAUAUUUUAAAUGCAGGGUCUGCCCCCCUUUUUUUAGUUCGUCCCGUUUGGAUUAUUUUUACAUUCGAUACAAGAAGAGAGAGUAAGAAGAGAUAUUUUGAAUAGCUGAGGGUCUUUUUUUAAAAAGAUGAUUAGGAAAAAAAAUUAUGAAUAUAAUAAUGAAUAAAUAACCAACUUCCUUUUUAUUAUUUAGACUAAACUAAUGUUUAAGUUCAUCCUUUUUCCAUGCUUCAUACUUUAUUUGGUUAAAUCAGAGCGUUUCCGGGUGGGCCUGUUCCUAAAUGGUUUCUCAUGUAUGUUCCCCCCCUUGUAUGACUGUAUGAGACCAUUCCCACAAUAUUUGUGGACUACCUGAUAAUUAACUUAUCAUUUUUGUGAACCUAAAUAAAUAUUGUAUGUCAACCUAA